AUGGCAUUUAAAGGGUGGUAUUCUAAACAAGAUGUUAUGAAAGACUUAUCAAAGGCUUCCGGGACUCGCGUUUCUGAUCUAGAUGAAGAGUAUGUUGUUGUUGGUGAACAACCACCGCCAUUUUACAGAACAGCUGAUAAAGAGGAGGAGCUACAACUACUUCGAUUGUAUGGGGGACAUCAGCCCUUGAGUCCAAAUAAUACUGACAUAGUGGAGCCUGAUUUAGAGGGUAUCACACAAAUGUUAAGAAUGGUAGACGAAUACAACGAUUCACCAGUCAAUAAUAAAGCAAAGGAAACCAAAAAACAAGACACGAAUACUGUAAUAACCAUUAGCAAAUUGAACCCAAACGUAGCCGAAUUUGUACCACGUAGUGAUGAUGAUAUUUGUAAUAAGGAUAGCGCAAUUGUAGCAAAUAAUGAUUUAGUGGUUAGUGAAGUAGAUGAAGAAAAACAUAACCGUAGAACUAGUGAACAUAAAAGCACUGAGGCACGUGAUAGGUCAAUUAAUACUUUAAGUAACAAAAGCAUUAGUAUUAAAGACUCCAAUGAAAUAAAAGAGAUGAGGGAGAAAUUAAAAACUAAAAUAACCAACACAUUUAAUACAUCGUGUGUUAAAGUAAAAAGAGAACGCAAUUUAGCUAUUGCGAUGCUAGUAAAGUUACACACGCAACCAAACAAUGAAAUAAACAAUGAUGGACAAAAACCUAAACUUAUGACUCCUGAUUACUUUAAAAAAAGUGUAAAUCAUGACGCUAAGAUGUCGGGCUCUGACAAGAGUUCCAAUAAAAAUACAAAUUCUAACACUCCUGUGGUAUUUGACGAUAUUGACAUGUGCAAAGACACAAAAGAUGAUAUAAAAGAUUAUUCAAAUAAUAACAGUAAUUCAAAUGAUGAGAUUAUGCAAAGGGAAAGUCCCGUUAGCGAUAAUUUGAACAACUCAAUGACAAAGGAAAUUAAAGAGUCUAUACAAAAAGUAGACGAUUGGCUCAAUCCAAAAAUAAAUGCUGAGAAUAAAACUUCAGCAAUAACUCGUCCAUCUCUUUAUCUUGGUCCUAUAACGUUUAAAAGAAAAACCAAUUCUAAGCCAAUGUCACCGAUUUCAGUUGAAUCAGAGCUCAAAAGCCAAAAUUCUGAAAAGAGUAAUGAAGUGUUCGUCCCAUCGACAUUCGCUAGUGAAUUGACGAAAAAAUACGAGGAAAGAAAUAAAGCGAGAGAUAAUCAACUAACAAAUCAAGAUAUUUGGACGAAAUUGGAAUCCGAUUUGAAAGUCAGAGACGAGGUUAUUAAGAAAAAGCGUCUGCAAACUAACGCCGAU